AUGGCUAGACCGACCCUCACUUCCUUCUUGGUGUUUGUUUUCUUUGGAACCCCUUGCUGGGGCUAUCUUCUAGACGGCAGCCCCUCCUCUUUUGCCCAGUACCCACGCUGGCACGCAGGCCUAAAUGGAACCCUGUCUCUGAAAUUCCGCACGCGGGAACCUAAUGGUUUAUUGCUGUAUACGGACGAUGGCGCCGCCAGAGAUUUCUUCGAAGCCAAGUUAGUGGAAGGCAUUGCUCGUCUCAGGUUCAAUCUUGGAGGUGGCACAGCCAUCCUCACUGCUGGAAAGAACUUGCACGACAGCCAGUGGCACAACUUUCAGAUCACUCGCAAUGCCGAAGAGACCGCUCUGACAGUGGACGGUGAAAUACAAAAGCGGUUGACUGCAGGUCCUGAUUACAUGUUCGGCAAUGCAACGGCCAACGGUGCCGUUUUUGUCGGUGGCUUGCCUGCCUGGUACGGCUCGAAACUAGGCCUGCUGUCUCUGCCUUCUGCAUUCUUCGAGCCAAGGUUUCAAGGCUCAAUAAAGGAGGUUGCUUUUGCGAGUGAUGACGGCGUCCUGCGGGAACAGGAGCUUCAGGAGUCCCAAGGCAUCCGCUCGUCCACCCUGCGCGUGCCCCCCGGGGGUGAAGAAGGAGAUGCGGAGGACCACUGCGAAAGGGACAAUCCUUGCCUCAACAGUGGAUCGUGCAUCUCGACGGAUGCGGGACCCGCCUGCGACUGCAGGGACACCGAUUACGAGGGAGACGUCUGCGAGCAAAAGCGACCUCCUUCGGAAGCAAGCUUCACCGGCUCAGAGUACUUGCACUUUGGGGUCGGAGGAGGCGGAGGAGAACCCUUGGUAGGUGCGAGCGACCGACUCUCUUUGCAAUUCAGAAGCAGACAGUCUGCUGGUCUGCUAUUUCUGGCUCAACACGGAGACGAUUUUUUGCACGUCGCCCUGAAGGGGGGCGGGGUGGCCGUGCACGUCAAAAUCGGCUCCGGAAACGUCGAGAAAGUGGUGCGUCCAGCCAAGGUUCGCUUCGACGAUAACCAAUGGCACAGGAUUGUAGUGCACAGAAAAGUUCGAGAAAUCACCAGAGCCACCGGAUUUUGUCACGUGUCAGUGACAGUCGAUGGCGUCUACACGGAAAAAGGUUCUACAGCAGGUGCCUUCAGUUUGCUGUCAAGUAGCGUGAUAUAUGUAGGUGGAGCCGCCCCCACUGCUGCUGCGUCCCUCCUACCAGCUUCAAGGGUCAGGAACAAUUUCGUAGGUUGCGUGCGGAAGGUGGAAUUUGUGGCAGACAGCGUUUCCUUGGAUUUACUCUCCCUUGCAAAGUCUCAGAGUAAUCUUCUUCGUUACCAUGGAGACGUCCAAUUUUUCUGUCAAGAAAUGGAAGCUGCGGAUCCAAUCACCUUCACCACAAGGGAAUCAUUUUUGGCUCUGUCGAGCUGGUCGGGGAGUCAGACCGGAAGCGUGGCCUUCCGCUUCCGGACCAACGAAGCCACGGGCCUUCUUCUCUACAACGGCGGGCAGGGCGGUGACGUGUUCGCUAUAGAACUGCUGGACGGGCAUGUGCACCUCACCCUGGGACUAGGCUCCGGCGCAGCCAAGGUCCGGGCCUCGGCGCGUCGCUGCGAUGACGGCGCCUGGCACUCCGUCACGCUGCGCCGCGAAGGCAGACAGGGCAGAAUCGCCGUGGACGAGGCAGCCUACGAUUUCACUACCCCAGGGCCUGCCAGCCAACUGGACCUGGAGGGGCCCCUGUUCGUCGGAGGCCUCCCGCCUUCAGACCAGGGCCCGGGCGUACCCCCCGAAGUGUGGACAGCUAAGCUGAACUACGGCUACGUUGGCUGCCUGCGCCAGCUGGUGGUGGACGGACGAACCGUGGAUUUGUCCGCGCAAGCUCGCGAGCAGGACUCUGGCAGCCUGCGACCUUCUUGCCACACGAGUCCUUCUCAAUGCGACUCCAAUCCUUGCUUGAACGGCGGCAUAUGCUCUGAGGGAUGGAACAGAUUUAUUUGCGACUGUACACGUACAGGGUUCACAGGACCUGUAUGCGCAAAAGAUGCCAGCGAACUGAGUUUCGACGGGGGUCAGUAUCUGAAGAUCGAAAUCAGCGAAGGAUCGAGAACGCAGGCGGAGGACGUACAACUGCGAUUUCGGACACCAAGACCAGGAGGUCUACUGAUGGCCACUACCUCUGACAAAUCUUCCACAUUUUUAGCUCUUGGACUAGAAGGAGGGAAAUUGAGAAUCAUCAUCAACCUUGGCAAUAAAAACAAGGUUAUUGAUUUAGGACAAAACUUGAACGACGACACCUGGCACACUGUACAUCUCCGUCGGAGAGGACACAAAAUGGACGUCCACCUGGACUCGGAUUCCAAGAGCUAUGAUCUAGGAGAAGUGGACUCAUUAACUUUAGAUGUGCAACUGCUGCAUAUAGGGUCUGUACAUCCAGAGCAUUUGAAGCCAAUUCAAGAGAUGUCCAAUUUCGUGGGACAUUUACAACACCUGGUUUUUAACAGGAAGCACUACCUAGAUAUGGUCCACAGUGGUCAAAUUGCACACUUCAAACUAACAGCAAAAUUUGGGAAGAAGGACCAUAUAGUUCACCAUCCAGUGACGUUCAAAUCCAAGUUUACUUUCCUUGGCCUUCCUCAAUUACGAGCUUACUCCACCCUCAACUUGUAUUUCCAAUUUAAGACGAUGGAGCCCAAUGGACUUCUGCUGUACAACGGUGGCAAGGGACAAGAUUUCUUGGCUGUGGAACUUGUCGAUGGGCAUCUUCAUUAUGUCUUCAACUUGGGCGAUGGACCAAGGGGUGUCCGCUCGAAUACACGCAGCACCCUUAAUGAUAACCAAUGGCAUGCUGUAACAAUUGGAAGGCCAUCUGCACAUCAACAUACUUUGAUGGUGGACGACACAAUCACCAAAGUCACAAGUCAAGGUCCAAAUACGCAUCUGGAUCUCCAGGGUCUGCUCUACGUGGGAGGCGUGCGUCGCUCCAUGUAUUCCUCCUUGCCCAGGUUAUUGCAUUCUAGGCAGGGUUUCCAAGGAUGCCUAGCCUCUUUGGAUUUGAACGGAGAGACGGGAGAUUUGGUCCGUGACGCUCUAAUUCCUUCAACACUAGUUUCUAGAGGUUGUGCAGGUCCAAUAACAAAAUGUAGCCACACAGCUUGUGCUAACCACGGGGUCUGCGUUCAGAUGUGGAAUAGCUACGCCUGUGAUUGUGAUAUGACCUCCUUUUCGGGACCAAUUUGUGCCGAUGAGAGUAUAUCUUACGAGUUCGGUCCAGGCACAGGAUUGAUCACCUUCACCUUUCCCCCGGACAAGAUGCCGGACACCAAGUCCGAUUUGGUGGCGUUGGGAUUCAUCACGAUGGCCGAUAAUGGCGUCCUGGUUCGCAUUGACAGCGGAACAUCCAACGACUACAUGGAACUCGAGAUCGUGGAUGGUAAUGUAUUUAUGGUGUACAACAUGGGCACAGAAGAUCAUCCCAUUGGUGAGCACAGCGUCCAUGUUAAUGACGGACAGUACCACGUAGUUCGCUUCACGCGGUCCGGACCUAACUCCACGAUCCAGGUAGACGACCACAACGUCCGAGUCAAGCAGCCACCUGGUCGACAAUUGACAGUCUUCAACAGUCAUUCGACAGUGCAGGUGGGAGGCAAGAGGAAUCCUUUGCGAGGGACUGGGAGCAUCGAAAGACCGUUCCAAGGAAUCAUUUCAGGCUUGGUGGUCAACGGAGAUAGGAUAUUGGACAUGGCAGCAGAAGAUGACCCGCGAAUAUCGGUCAGUGGCGAUGUUGAGCUGCUCAUGUCCUUGCCUCUGUCCUUGCAGCAGAGAUCUGUGCCCCAGCAGCAUUCUCAUCACCAACAAAUGCAACAGCACGCUGGUGCUUCACCGAACUACGAAGGAGAUGAUUUGGUCUAUUCUGGAGGUGGAGGGUCUGGUUGCUGGGAUGACGAAGACGAUUGUGGAGAAGUGGAAUCAACCACAGGCGAUGAUCUCAUCACGCCGGUCUACAUCCCGCCGACACCAAGGCCCUACCCUCGCACCACCCCCAGCUUGUCGGCUGCCGCUGGGGGCAGCAACUACGUGCAGGGGCGCUCCUCGGCUCCCCCACGACACACAGGCGGAGGCCUGGAGGAUACCACCUGCGACGACGAGGAAGACUGCGCAGAGGGCGGCGGCUCCGGAUUCGGAGCAGAGCUCGGAUUCACUUCGCACCUCAACACCCCCGCGACGCCGGCUUUCGUGACCACCAGUGGGCACAGGGAUCAGUCGGAAAACCAGUACGUGAGUCCACCCCGCGCCCUACCCGCUCCGACCCACGAGAUCGACGAAGUGCACUGGGUGGUGGCCACGCCCCCGUCUCUCCCUCCCUCGACAUCACAGCCGAUUGAAGUCUACAACAGACCUCCUCCAGAGGAGGUGGUGGUGGUGACGCACCGAAGACCACCUGCGCCAGUUUAUCCAAUCAUCCCACAGCAGACCCCGCGUCCCCCAUACCGGACAACGUCGCGCGCCCCGCCGUCUGUUUACGGAGUGCCCAUCCCCGAAAUGCCCGUGACGGGCAGAGAGCGCAACAAGCCGCCCCCGAAGGUCAAGACAUCGUCUGCGGCUGACAAUACGGCCUUAGUCAUCGGCAUCAUCGCUGGCGUUCUGAUCGUUGUGGUCAUCAUUGCGCUGGUCGUGUACCGGGUGCGCAGCUGGACACUGGCAGCCACACCGGGGGCCAGUGCCUACAAAGCGGAGGAGGCCAAAAGGUACCACUUCCCGCCAGCGGGCACCGCUCCUUACCCUUCACAACCGCCAUCCGCUCAGCACAUGAAUGGGGCUCUUAAAUGCGAUCAAAACAAGAUGGUCAAGCAGCCCAAGAAGAAAGACGUCAAAGACCUUAAAGAGUGGUACGUGUGAAGGCAACAGAGCACGAUGACUUUGCUCGCGUUUACAACUAGAAAGCACUCGUUCCAACUGUACUUGGUCUCAAGUUCGUAGAGUGAAUGUCGAGUGCUUUUUACGGAUCACAUUAUACGAAACACCCGCUUCAGGAGGAUGUACGCUUAUGUCUCGCAAGCCGACCGCUGGUGUCUCGAACAGGCAUCCAAGUACGAGAACACGUCACCAAUAUCGCUGGACGAGAACAGAAAUUUCGCCGUGUUUCUGAUUCAUUCCAAUACACCCAUUUGUCUCGACGUCUAUAACACUGACUUCAACAGAUGCUCGGGACUUUGACUGUGCCUCAAAGAAACUGCGCUUGCGUUGGAUCAAAAGCCUCAUUCCAGUUAAUUGCACAUGAGUGGAAACUUAGUUUCCCACGCGAAAGAAGAACAUUUUUUU